AUGCGUUCUCCCAAGCAACUGGCGAAGCUCGCCAUGCUUUUACUGCUGGCGUUGCUGCUGCUCUGCAAUGGAGUUCGCAACGUUCAUUGCUCAAGGAUCCACGAGAAUAGCGUCGAUCUGCACUCGCUAAUUGAGUUCAACAAGAGCAUCACCGACGAUCCUCAAGGAGCCUUGAGUAACUGGGACACCACAACCCACUUCUGCCACUGGAAUGGUGUCAACUGCACCACGACACCACCGUUCCGUGUCAAGCAGCUUAAACUCAGCGGCUGGAACUUAGGAGGCCAAAUCACCUCCUCUCUUGGAAACUUAAAUUUCCUUGAAACGCUUGACCUUUCAUACAAUAACUUCGUUGGCCCCUUGCCUAUCCUUGGCAAUCUCCAACGAUUGCAGACACUUUAUCUGUACCACAACCGUUUAAAUGGGAUGAUUCCUGAUUCAAUUACCAAUUGUUCCAACUUGGCCAACUUAGAUCUAUCCGCAAACUCGCUAGUUGGCGUAAUUCCACCAAAAUUAGACCUGCUUUCAAAUAUGUCCUACUUAAACCUAUCCAGAAAUUCCCUAGCGGGCGUAAUUCCUACGAAACUGGGCUUCCUUUCCAAUCUGACCGUCGUAGAUCUCUCUGUAAACUUGCUAGUGGGUCAAAUUCCUCCCAAACUAGACUUACUUUCGAAACUGUUCUACUUGGAUCUCUCUGGAAACUCACUAGUGGGUCAAAUUCCUCCGAGAUUAGGCUUUCUUAAAAAUCUAGAAUAUCUCUAUCUUGGAUCAAACCAACUCGAGGGGAGCAUUCCUGAUGAGCUUGGGCAAUUGCUGCAAUUGGAACAGCUGCUCCUAGGCAACAAUAAGCUUACAGGUGAAUUCCCACGCAUGCCAUCUUGA